UGUAAACGUCAUACGUAAAUGUAAACUUAUUGCUAGUGGCUGACAUUAAAAAUAUUGGACAGACUUAAAAAAAUAUUUUAAUAAAUUACUAGACAAAACAGAAGCUAUACAUUCCAUAAUGUCUGAAGAAAUCAAUGGAAACAUGGUACUAGCCAGAGCACUCAAAGAACAGGGGAUAGAAUACGUUUUUGGGAUUGUUGGUCAUCCAGUUAUAGAGUUGUCGAUGGCUAUUCAAAGUGUUGGACUCAAAUAUAUUGGAAUGAGAAAUGAACAAUCUGCAACUUAUGCUGCUCAGGCAAUAGGAUAUUUGACAAAGAAACCUGGUGUAUGCUUAGUGGUUUCUGGACCUGGAUUACUUCAUUGCACAGGUGGAAUGGCUAAUGCACAAAUUAACUGCUGGCCUUUGCUCGUUAUUGGUGGAGCGACUAAUGAAGAUCAUGAAGGAAUUGGUGGAUUUCAAGAAUGUAACCAAGUGGAAUUAAGCAGACCUUAUUGCAAAUAUGCUGCUCGUCCUCCAAAUGCUUCUUUAAUUCCAACACAUGUUGAGAAAGCUGUUAGACUUGCUUGCUAUGGACGUCCAGGAGCUUCUUAUCUCGACUUUCCAGGAAAUAUCUUGCAAUCAGUUAUAAGUGUGGAUAAGAUUGUUUCUUGCUAUUCGCAUCCAGAACCACCAAUUCCAUUCCCAAAUCCAAAAGAAAUCAUCAGUUCUGCUGAUGCUCUCUGUAGUGCAAAAAAACCAUUAGUUAUCAUAGGAAAAGGUGCAGGAUAUGCUCGAGCUGAAACUUAUUUACGACAACUUAUUCAUCAAACCAACUUACCAUUCUUGGCAACGCCAAUGGGCAAAGGAGUAGUUCCAGAUACAGCAAGACAAAGUGUUGCUUCUGCCAGAACAUUAGCUCUUCAAAAAGCUGACUUAAUUCUUCUUGUUGGUGCACGAUUAAAUUGGAUUUUGCAUUUUGGUCGUUCUCCACGUUUUGAUUCAAACGUUAAAGUUAUCCAAGUCGAUAUUGUACCUGAAGAAAUGCAUAACAGUAUCAAGAGCUUAGCAGCAAUUCAGUCGGAUAUCUUGCCAUUUGCUGAUGCCCUUGUUGACGAAAUGUCAAAGAGAAAGUUCCGUUUUGAUGAAAACAACGAAUGGUGGAAGGAACUAAAUGAUAAAUGUGAAAAGAAUCAGAAAAUAGUAAAAGAAAUGUCAUUGGAUAACAGUGUGCCACUUAAUUAUUAUUCUGUAUUCCACAAUGUUUAUGACAUGAUCCCAAAUGACUGUAUUAUUAUCAGCGAAGGAGCUAAUACUAUGGAUAUUGGACGUUCAAUUUUAUUGAAUAACUUACCACGGCAUCGUUUAGAUGCAGGUACAUUUGGAACUAUGGGUGUUGGGCUAGGUUUUGGAAUAGCAGCUGCACUUUACUGUCGAGAUUAUUGUCCAGGAAAGCGCGUGAUUUGUGUAGAAGGAGAUUCAGCUUUUGGCUUCAGUGGAAUGGAAAUUGAGACUAUGAUUCGUUAUAAUCUACCUGUUGUAAUAAUCAUAGUUAAUAACAGUGGAAUUGGAAUGGGCUUUUCAAAGGAGGAUUAUAAAAGCAUUCAAGAAAUGGGAGAUCCUUCAUUGACCAUUCCUGCUACAGCUUUAAAUGCUGAAACUCAUUAUGAGCACAUGAUGAAUAUGUUUGAUAAGAAGGGCUUUUAUGCUAGAACCAUUCCAGAGCUGAAAAAGGCUGUAAAAGAAGCUUUGAUCCCAACAGAUCAUCCAUCAAUUAUUAAUGUAUUUAUUAAUCCUCAAGCGGAUCGUAAGCCUCAAACAUUCAGCUGGUUGACUGAAUCGAAAUUGUAGGGAAGCUAUUAUUAAUUUAUGGUAAAGGGUUCAUGACUUGUAUGGGUCAUUCAAUAGUGACGUCAAACAUUGAUGGAUGUCAAGUUAUUAGACACUAUUAAUUAAACUGGUGUAAAAUAAAAUUGAUUUAAUAAAGGUUUUUUUUUUAAUUUUUCACUUCAA